AUGCCUUCACAUUCAUCGUCUACAGAAUCUACUACCCUCUUAUAUGCGCCCAUUCGGCUGGCUGGGGGUGGCUCCUCGUGUCAAGGCCGAGUGGAGGUGUUCUACGGCGGCGCGUGGGGCACGGUGUGCGAUGACAUCUGGAAUCUGCAGCACGCCCAGGUCGUGUGUCGCCAGCUGGACUGUGGCUCCGCUGUUGCUGCCUUGUCCUAUGCUUACUUCGGACCGGGCUCUGGUCAGAUCUGGCUCGACAAUGUCCAGUGCUUUGGCGACGAGCCUGAGCUCUCCUCCUGUCAGCAUCCUUCCUGGGGGUUUCACGACUGUGGGCAUCAGGAGGAUGCCUCUGUCAUCUGCUCACAAGCUACUACUACCCUGCCAUCGCCACCGUUUAGGCCCAGCCUCAAGAGCAGUGCCCCAAGCUUGGAAUGUCAUCUUCAGGGAUUGAGUUUCUUGCAAGAUCAUACUGAUCACUGUGCUUUCGUCUGUUUCAUGCCUUCACAUUCAUCGUCUACAGAAUCUACUACCCUCCCAUAUUGGUGCCAGUCAUACCCCUGUCAAAAUGGGGGCACCUGUGCAUUAUACUGGUCGUAUCCCUACUACCAGUGCUUUUGCCCUCCAGAAUCAUGGGGCAGCAACUGUGAAUACGGAAUGCCACUGUUUAGGCCCAGCUCACGAUCAGACCAUACUUAUCACUGUGCUUUCGUCUGUUUCAUGCCUUCACAUUCAUCGUCUACAGAAUCUACUACCCUCCCAUAUUGGUGCCAGUCAUACCCCUGUCAGAAUGGGGGCACCUGUGCAUUACACUGGUCGUAUCCCUACUACCAGUGCUUUUGCCCUCCAGAAUCAUGGGGCAGCAACUGUGAAUAUGGAACUACAACUCCUGAAUCUACUUCCCUCCCAUCUACAUCUACUGAAUCUCCUACCAUCCCAUAUUGGUGUCAGUCAUACCCCUGUCAGAAUGGGGGCACCUGUGCAUUCUACUGGUCGUAUCCCUACUACCAGUGCUUUUGCCCUCCAGGAUCAUGGGGCAGCAACUGUGAAUACGGAACUACAACUACUGAAUCUACUACCCUCCCAUCUACAUCUACUGAAUCUACUACCCUCUCAUAUUGGUGCCGCUCAUAUCCCUGUCAGAAUGGGGGCACCUGUGCAUUCUACUGGUCGUAUCCCUACUACCAGUGUUUUUGCCCUCCAGGAUCAUGGGGCAGCAACUGUGAAUACGGAACUACAACUCCUCAAUCUACUACCAUCCCAUAUUGGUGCCGGUCAUACCCCUGUCAGAAUGGGGGCACCUGUGCAUUCUACUGGUCGUAUCCCUACUACCAGUGCUUUUGCCCUCCAGGAUCAUGGGGCAGCAACUGUGAAUACAGAAAAACUGCUCCUACGACUACUCCUGGACCUGUCGGUUGCCAGUCCUAUCCGUGCCUGAACGGUGGUACUUGUGAGGAUCAGUGGUCAUACCCCGGCCACUGGUGCUACUGCAGCCCACUGUGGUCCGGCAGCAACUGUGAAUAUGAAACUGGUCGUACUACUACUCCUGGACCUGUCGGUUGCCAGUCCUACCCGUGCCUGAACGGUGGUACUUGUGAGGAUCAGUGGUCAUACCCCGGCCACUGGUGCUCCUGCAGCCCACCGUGGUCCGGCAGAAACUGUGAAUAUGGUGAGAGGACAUCGCGGUCUUUGUGCUUCUUACCAGCUCUCGAGGGGCUCGCUAACUUUCACUUUGGAGCAGAAACUGCUCCUACGACUACGCAUGGACCUGUCGGUUGCCAGUCCUACCCGUGCCUGAACGGUGGUACUUGUGAGGAUUGGUGGCUCUACCCCAGCCACUUGUGCUCCUGCAGCCCAUCGUGGUCCGGCAGCAACUGUGAAUAUGCAAUCACGACUGAAGCACCCACCACUCCACCCGACAUGAAGCUGAUGAACUGCACGUCGCGCUACAUGGAGCUGCAGAUCCCGCUGAGCGAACUGAGCGAGCUCGGCCUCUCGUCGUCCGACGUCCACCUGGAGGACCCCUCGUGCCUUGGCUCCAUCUCGGGGCAGUACCUGGUCCUGCACACCGACCUGCACGGCUGUGGCUCCACGCUGGAGACAACCGAUUCCGACACCAUCGUGUACUCGAACACGGCCUACGGCUUCGUGCAUGGAACCCGAGUCAAGAAGCUGCGCGUCCCCAUGCGCUGCUACAUCGGCUCCGAGGGAAAGGUCAUCGCGAGCUUCGCUCCCAGGGUGUACGACAAGUACAGCUCGGGCACCUUCGACCUGAGCAUCGCGAUCUACACCAGCCAGGCCUUCAGCCAGGCCGUCCGCGCGUACCCAUUCGAGGUGGACCUCGGAGCCCCGAUCUACGCAGAGAUGCUGCUCAACUCCUACGAUAACAGCCUGCAGCUCCUGCUGGAGACGUGCAAGGCUUCCCCGUACCCAGGCGCCGCCGACAGCGAGUCCUACUUCAUAAUUAGAGAUGGGUGCCAGGUGGAUCCUUCCUACGCCACCUACUACAGCGGCGACGAGAAGAGGCAGCACUUCAGCUUCCAGAGUGUGGAGUUCUUCAGCGGAUCCCAGGUGUACCUGGAGUGCAACGUGCGCGUGUGCAACAUCUCGGACGUGAGCUCGCGCUGCCGGCGAGGGUGCGUGCGGUCCAAGCGCUCCGUGCGUGACCUCGUCGGCCCGGAGAAUCGCGCCGAGCACAAAGUGGACCUCUCCCAGGGCCCCGUGCUGCUCCGCAAGACGCGCCAGGCUUCCGAAGUGAGCGGCGCGCUAUCCGGAAUGGUGUACGCGCUCGCCGCUGCUCUGACCGUGGCCGCUGUGUGCGUGGCCGCGGUGAAGAUCUUCCGCCUGCGCAGCGCCGGCGCCCAGUACCAACUUCUCGUCCCCAACGACGAGUGAAGAAGGGGCGAGAGGUCGCGCACUAUUUAACCAGGGGCGCGCACCUUACUUACUAAUUCUUCCUUCUGCCUAAUUGCACAUGUAAUCUAAUCAUUGGAGAGCGCUGAUCAAAUACUUUUUCGCGUGAUCGAGAAGCACAAUUGCUUUUUGUGUUUAGUUUGUUGUCCUUCCCCGGCACCUCCGAUUGGCACGGUUCGCUACGAACGCUGCGAAAGAGGUUCAACGUACUUACAUAACAACUUUGAUUUGAACUUGCAAAGUCUCAGGUUUUAUCACGAAGGUGGUUUGUGACAAUCCUGCACUGAAUGAUACCAUUAGGAUGCGCUAACGCUACGCGCGCGAUAAUAUCCACAAUCUCUCUUGAGUUGAUGUAAGGCUGAGCUGAGUGCUGUUCGCAGUGUGUGGCGUGUUCAGUGGUGGGAUCGAGCACCAGGUGUAACACAUUUUGAUUCCAACUAUACGUAUCGAGUGCCAUGUGUUCACUUAAUUCUGUGUUGUAAAAUGUCAAUAGGAGAGCCCUUACAUUUAUCUCUGAUUAAGUAAUUGUUUAAAAAAUGUUAAUUGCUAUGAUUGAAGUUGAUGGCUUCCUGUGUGAAGAGUAUGGACCUGGCUGAGCGUGUCCAUGUUUAGGUCUGC